GUCAAUCAGCACCGACCUGCUCACCUGUACUCACCCUGCUUCUAUCGUCACUGCUCUCACACUCACAUCUGCUUCUCUACCUGGAAACAUUCACACAGGGUCUGUCUCCUUCCUCCGGCAGGGCUGAAGUCAUCAUGGCAGACUCCUGCAGAAGUGUGGACACUGCCAGGGUCGCGUUUCAGUCCUGUAAAAGUCCAGAUGCAAAAGACCGAGUUCAGUUCUACGACAGCUGGGCAGAAAACUAUGAAAAGGAUCACUCUCUGAUGAGCUACAGAGCACCAGACCUGGCAGUAAACCACCUGUCUGAUCACUUCACUGGUAAUGCUGAACAGGCUCUGGUUCUGGACGUCGCCUGUGGGUCCGGAUGGGUUGCUAAAGAGGUGAGACUGUCCAAUAUGUACAAUAUGUCAGCUGACAUUAGGGGGGACGAAGUUUGACAAUAUGGUGAAGCA